AAUUACUUUUAGAAAGUGAAACUUCUUGAAUUUCGCCAGCUUGUGGAACUUGUUCGCUCGUUCUGAGAUUAAGAGAAAUUUAUCAUAAUUCAAAUUGAAGGAACUCUCUUCAGUGCUGCAUGAUUCUCUGGGUGCCUGUGUUUGAGCAUUGAGAAGAGUGAACAAAUCAGCGGAGAGUUACUAGCUGUUGUUUCUAAUAGCUGUCAGGCUAACGUUUUGUUUCAUGAUACCUGGUGAUGGAAAACCAAAGCAGAAUCAGUGACCUGCUUCAAAGUGCCCUUGACGAUCUUCUUGAGGAAGACUUCAAAAGAUUUAAAGACAAACUAUCACAUUCUGACUUUAAGGGAAAAGGUACCAUCCCCCGAGGUCGGCUGGAGAAGGCUGACAGGAUAGAUACUAAGAACAACCUGAUCGCAUUCUAUGGUGGAGAUGCUGCAGUUGAUGUAACCAUAGAAAUUUUAGCUAAGAUCAAUGUCAGAGGGUCUGCUGCUAACCUCAAAAAAUACAGAGAGAAAGGUGAGCAGGCACAGGAACAAACUUUGGAUAGAUACUGUGGGGGAAGUCAGAGAGGAAGCUCUCCUGGGAGCACAGCUCUCAACUUAGGUGGAGGCGGCUUCCCUGCUGCCAUCCGGGUUGGAGAAGAUUUGCAUCCAAAUGGAAAACCCUUAGAGUUGUCUGCAAAAGGGGAACAUUUUGUGAACCAGCACCGAGCAGACCUGAUCCAACGUGUCUGCAUGGUGGACAGCAUCAUAGACAUGCUGUAUGGCACCGUGUUAGAUGAAGAGCAAUACCAGAGCAUCAGAGCCGAGAAAACCAAUCCAGACAAGAUGCGGAAGCUGUACGAGUUCAUGCCGAGCUGGAACUGGUACUGCAAAGAGCAGCUUUACCAGGCGCUGAAGGCCAAAAACAAGUUCCUCAUUGAAGAGUUGGAGAGCAAAUAAAUACAAUGAAUAAAAUGAGCUCUCCCUGUUUCCAGGGGGCUUCACCCCAAGUCUUUUCUCAGGGACACAGGUGUGACGCUGGCAGACCAGAUGCCAGGUCAUGCCAGAGCCGAUGGCCAAUUCACUUGUGUAUUAGUAUAGCUCAAAGUGGUUGUUAAAUGUAUAAGAGUGUAUUUGGUGUUUAAACAUUAUGAAAACUAGUGGAAUGUUACUUGCAUUGUUUUCACUUAUCUGUAUCCUGUUAUAAUGGAGUAGUGAACAUUUACGUUCAGGGCCAGAUUAAGAUUAUGAGAGGUCUAAGGCUAAUGGGAGGGAAGGGCCUAAGUAUGAACUACAUAUUGCAAAAAAAUUACAAAAUCA